GUAGUUUGGAACUUCAACUUAGAAGACACGCUUCGCUCUUUUGGUAAGAUCAUACGAAUAUUAUUGCAUUGCCCUGUUCAACGAAUGAAUGUGACUGUGAGCCUCUGCCUCAGACAAGCAGCGUUGUUGUUCGUUGGACGUAGAACCGACGGCCCUGCCAAGCAGACGUGGCCCAGUGUGCCCCUUCCAUACCGUUAGCUGAGAAGCUCUAUGCUGGCAGUAGUUUCUCUUUAUCGGAUUCUCACGCCAGUCCCUGAUUCUGCUUUCAUUCGCAUUCUACCGUGUAAGUAAAAUGGAAGUCGGGCAGCUUGUCGCCCCGGCUCCGGCCGCAACCGCACAGGUUUCUGCGAGCUCCCUCUUGAGCGCACUGCUGCGAGAGGAAUCUGGGCGGUGCUAUCGCAUGCUCCUCCUUUCACCCACGACAACAGCUACCAGCUGCCUGGGCUUCGUGGUUCCCCGGCUGAACUCAGAGAAUGCGCCGCCGCCGGAGCUGUUGCCCUACGUGCUGCAAACUGCGGCCGACUACGCCUCCGUCGCGCGACGCUGGUCGCAGGCUCUGACUGAGUGCAACAGCAUCCUUCGCCGUUUCUUCCGCUUGGGUAGCUGGGUCUCCAGUCGCAUGGUAUUGGAAAUCGAGACCGCGCUGCGGCGCAUUCUGCACCUCGAGAGUGUAGCCCCUCCGGUGCGAUUGUUUUGCCUGCGAGAGCCGCGCUUCAGCGUCGUGUUCGCCCUUCCUCUUGAGCUGUCGGUGUCCCGAAUCGUGUCACUGCCGCUGGUUCUAGAGACUAGCCAAAAUAAUUAUGAACAUCAAGGUGCAGAAACUACAACAAGAAAGAACGAUAAAACUAUCCGACCUGAGAAAAUUAAGCUUCGCGUUUCGGAGCGGUCUUUGAUAACUAGGACACCGAUACUCGGGACGUCAGGCAAGACAGCGAGCUUUCUGGAACCGAUAGUACAACCAUCAACGAUAGGCGUUCAGGACCAACUGUACGGUGCGGUGACUGAGGGAUCUGCUGGUGCGUUGGCCUCGAGUAGUGGUUGUAUUAGCGGGCUCCGCUUCGAUGACAGAGCAGAGCUUCUAUUCCGUGUCGUCGGUCUGGUCAACGCUGCCGGCGGAGGGGACAGUCCGCUGAAACGCAGUACGGGUGCUGGAACAAGCAAAGCUUUACUCUACAGUGCGCGCGGAACCAAGCACUUUGCCGCGUGUUUCCUGCCAUACUUCACGAAGCCCGCCAACGAUCCGCGGGAGCGCGUGUACGUCCAUGCGGACGCGUCGGAGAACUUUGCGCUUGAUCCGAUGAACAAGCAUCGUGACACGUCCGCCGGCGCGGGCUCGCACGACCACGACGAGGCGGAUCUACAACACGAAGACACACCGGCAUACUGCGCAAAGACGGGGCGGUUUUACAAGGUUCUGCGAUCCGGGAAGGCCGUGCGGGGCGUCGUGCACGACCGGAACUGGGUUGUGGUAGACUGUGACGUUUACGGAAAGCUGUACCUUCCACGCACGGAUCAUUUUACCGACGCGGCUUUUUUAGCACCCGAGGAGCGCGCUUGUGGUACCAGUGGUACCGACCUCAUCCACGCCGGCACGACGAGGAAAAACAAUGGCGCCGCGUCGGAACAAAUUGUAGGAGACGAAACGGCAGCGGCGAGAGAGGCAAGUGGAAGAACUGGCACGCCAUCUCCAUGCGCGCCGCACUCACCUGUACUUUCUGCUGCAUCGCCUCGCUCCGCGUCACCUCGACGCAGGCGGGGGUCCAGCUCGCCGGCCUCGCGUGCCGGCGGUGCGGCGACUGCCAGGGGACCCGUUACAAACUUUUUGUGCGUGUUGGACCUGCAAAAGGAAGCUCACCGCAUGGCACUGGAGAAAGCUGCCGAGCAGGAAAGGCAGCGAGUAUCCUUGUGUCAACGAGUGCUUUUAGUCCCCUGGGCGAGCUGCACCCGGGUGGAAGAAGAUUCUCCAUGUCUGUGCUACUUAGCGUGGCACCGAGUGAAUGAAUUUUUUCUCCAACGAGGACCUCUUCCCUCUGCUUUGGUAUACGCAGAGCUGAAAGUAAGUGGUAGGCUCAUGCACUUGCCCUGUCAUGAUCAUGAACUAUCAACGCUGCGCCACACUGUGACAACCUCCAAGAGAGCAAGCAUACGCAUCGCAUCAAGAUGAAUGCUAUGUGCAAAGCUAGCCAAAGUGAAAGUGUAGAACCAAAGGGGCACUCCUACACAGUCCGAGCGGUCACGAUGUAAUCAUGAAGUUUAGUACUCCACCAAUGGAGGUUGCUUGGCUCGUUCGUAUGGGGACCGUUUUCCAUCUCAUACCGAGACCAUGCAGAGCUUUUGUUGUCUUCGAUGCUCCUCGGGGGAAGCGAUUCUUCCGCGACGUUCUUCCGACAGAUGAAGGAUCCAUAGGGAGGCGAGAUACUGCUCUACUAGAAAUGCCGUUGCGAUGAAGACCGAAGAAACGCGGCAAGGAAGCAGGAAAUCGGCACAAUCCUUCAACUUCUACAGUAGGAGAAAGAUAUGAUGAUGUUGAGAAAGCACACUCAAGAACCACAUGAACGUACUAUAGAUCCUCCGGAGAUGAACGGCGAGAGUCAGCAAAUGGCUCUGGCCCUCCACCAUUAGAAUUACGCGGAGUCAGGGUGUGUAAUAUGACGUACUACAAAGAAACACACGGCUCUACAACAGUCGGUCUUGCAAAAAGAAACGAAACGUAGUGAAGCCAAGAUCAUUUUGAUCGAGCUGAUCCUCGAACCAAGUCCAGCAUGACGCUUCGCAAGGAU